AUGAGUUCACACAGUUCAAGCACCCUUGACACGCUUCAAGAAGAGACCGCUGCUCAUGAAUCCAGCUUGAAAAGCAAUGUUCAACAACAACGCAGAAGGGGCAAAUCCGGAUCCUUCCCUAAGUCUAGCAGUAUAUCGAGUGGUAACAGCAAGACAGUAGGACUGGGAAUUGCUCGGAGACCCAGUGACAACCUGUUAAUGAACCUUGCUCAAGAGGAACAGCCAAUUAUCGCGCAGCCUCCAUCGCGGAAGAAUUUGAUCUCGCGAUACGAGCGACCAAUAUCUAAUGAUUCAAUCGUUACGGAGAGCACAGAACUCUUCUCUUCUAAUCCAAACUCGACUGCUUCGUCGACAAGCAACAACUCUCGCGGGUCGUCCAUUAUCGACGAUCUGGACGAGAGUGUGAAACAACAGGGUGAGGAAACUAGUCAGGAGGACGCCGGUGAUGAUUCUACUCUCGACUACUCAUCUUCGCUUGAUACAGACCUUUCCGUCUCAACUCAUGGUCAACCCAAAACCAGAUACAUGUUUUCUAACAGUACAAUGGCACGGUCGCAACUGUCUUUUGCGGCGAACAAUCCUUCUCCCCUCAAGAAUAACGUCAAUCGUGCUUCACCUGUUCCAAGGCCUUUGUAUUCUAAAUCAGCUCCUUCGCUACCGCAGGAGACUGUAUUGACUCCUUCUCAGCGCUACAGACUAAGAAGGGAGCAAAGUAAGGUAGCUUUGCAAAAGUCGAUUAAACAGAGAGAGCAGUACUAUGACGAACAGGAGAAUUCUUUCGAAUCUCUUGCCAAUGAAUCUGUGGUAGACGAUGCCUUAAUUUGGAAUAUUCCGGUGGCAUCUCACAGCACUAAUUCUUUUUUGAUGUCGAUGAAGCCUUCACCCAAGAAAAGCAAGCAAAAGCCACCAAAAUUUUCGAGGUCCACAUCAUUGCAUUCUAUGGCCUCUGCAUCUUCAUCAUCUUGUCUGGACUUUCGUGAAAUGCCUACCUCACCAUUACCGGGCGUGCACAAGACUUCAGAUUUGCAAUUCUAUCAACAAACGUCAGAAAAUCUCUCAACAAUUUAUCAACAUUCUUCAAACCAACUUUCGCGGAACAAGCUACUAGAACGCACAACGUCUACCGAGUUUCUACCUUUCCAGUUCAAGUCUGCCAGCGAUGAAGGAAUGGAGGAUCUAAAGUUGGUGUCAGAGGACAAGGUUCAGUUGUGCAGUCCCUCGAGACCUACGUGGUUACCCCCAAAGCCUACUGAGGAACGAAAAUCACAUGAAAGGGAGAUCAAUAAAACAAUCAGCAUGGCUUCUAUCGAUUUGCUAGAUCGUAGCAAGGAAAGAGAAGAGAGGGAGAUAAGAAACGAGACUAACAGACAAAAGUUGUUUCUGUUAUUGGAUCGCGGGAUAACCAGACAGUCUUCUUUACAUGAUUUGAAAAAAAUUACAUGGGAAACAGCAUUGACGCCAGAAACACGUUACGAGAUAUAUGACGCGAUUUUACAAAGUGACAUUCGCUUUAUUUCAGAGAACUUCAUCGAACCUCUGCGGAAUACUACUACAGUUUUAGACAAGAUGGAAUUUCCUCGAUCUAAGCAAAGUGAGAUAGAAAAGCUCAUCAAUAAAAUUCCAUCGAUAGAAGAGAACGAAUUGUCGCGGGAUCUCACCCAUUUGUUGAAGCUAAAGUCCAUCUCUAGUCAGGGCCUUCUGCCUGGGGAUGAAUUUCUGUUCUAUCAUUUUUUGAGUGACAAAUCAUUUGGUGAUCUAAAUAAGGUUUGGGAAAUGGUUCACCUCAUCCAAUCUACCUGUUUUAACGACCUUACCAGGGAAAAAUUUGAUUCUCGAGUUUUGAGCUCUCGUGGAGUUAUUGCUAGUUACUUAACUCGGGAUGAUAGCUUCAAAAAUGAGUUCAAUUCGAAGUCACUUAACGUUUCAACUUGGUGGAAUAUCUUACAGCGCAUGGAUCAUGAAAUGUUCAUGUGGUGCUUAGAUAUCAUCGUGGUUCACAAUAGUCAGCCAUACAAAAACUCGCCUAUAGACAAAGAAGCUUUUGAGGGCAAAUCUUGGGAUUACUACAGAUCUAAGAAGGUUGUAGUAAAUUAUAAAAUACUUUGCUCACUAAUGCUCAAUGUUUUACUGAAUUAUCAUUUUGGCUUUGAUGAUUUAAACUCACUUGCCAGUCUCAAAGAUCAGGAUUUCCGGAUUCCCUGCUCUAUGGAGGAUCUAUUAGAUGCUUCUGCAGUACAUGAGGUCUUUGUUAAGAAAUGGCAGCAUUACUACAAGAAAUUCUAG